AAAUGAACUUCAUGAAAUUAAAUUGUUUUUGAAAACAUACUUAAUUGAAUAAAUCAAUAUGAAAAAUAUGCAUUCAUUUAUUUGGAGACGUACAGGGUUAUAAAUUGGAGAGUAUUCAGCUUUGGUUGAUAUUAUUAUAACCUCAAUUUUUGGUAUAGAUUUUUUAAUACCAAAUGAAGAAAUUAUUCGAGAAGUCUAAAUAGUAAUAAUAUAUUAUAUUCUCAUUAGAAAGUUGAGAAAGAAAAAGGAUUUAGUGAACAAAUAGGAAGAGCUAUGAAAGGAAAAGUAAAUUUAAAUUAACCAGAAAAAUAUGAAUUGGAAGAAAAAAAAGAACUCCAGAAACGUAUAACAAAGAAUGUGUAUAAAUAAUUUAUUCCAUUUUCAGAAGUAAUUUAUUUUUAUAAUUAGAUGUUUGAUAAAAUUUGGUUAGCCCAAUCAACAUCUUAAGAAUGGAGUUCUUUAAAUAAUAAAAAUUUAAGAUUUUUGUUAAACUAUUCUUUAAAGGAUGAAUGA